AUGCUUAGGCAGGAUCUCCAAGCCACAAAAUCUGCAUCAGGUGCUGCAUGUUCGCCACCAGAGCACCUCGUAUCCCCAGUACUGCUCAGCCGAGCACGAUCAAUAUCAGACGAGCAUGUAACGUUGACGAAGAAGCUUGCCACCGACUACGAUGCAUCGGCUGCGAAAAGGCUUGGAGAGUUGCAGUCCACGUCUACCGCUGUAAAGGAGUAUGACCAGGCGCAUUCAGCACUUGCAGAACUACAGUCCUUAUUACAGUCUUCGGACAAGGAGCUCAGAGAGUUGGCCGAGGAAGAUGUGCAGCAUACUGAAGAUCGAAUCGAGCAAGCAUCCUCAGCACUGAAGUCGAGUCUCGUUCCGGUGCACCCGUUCGCACACCUGCCAUGUCUCGUGGAGAUCCGACCCGGGGCUGGCGGCGAUGAGGCUGCGAUCUUCGCAGGCGACCUUGUGCGCAUGUACGAGGCAUAUUGUGCUCGCACUGGCCUGCGCACAGCACUGCUGAAAUACGAGACUGCAGAAGGAACAGUAUCUGGUGGAGCUGGAACCACUCAUGUGCAGGAAGCUGUGCUUGAGAUUGACUCUCCUGGCGCCUACGGCAUACUACGAUGCGAAGCUGGUGUUCAUCGAGUACAACGCGUGCCAGCUACGGAAAGCAAAGGCCGGACUCACACCUCCGCCGCCAGCGUCUUGGUGCUGCCCUCAAUCGACGCAGAGACCAGUGGCGAUAUGGGUGAGAACAGCUUCAACGAUCCGAGGAGUGACUACUACAUCGAUCCGAAGGAGGUCAGGCUGGAUGUCAUGCGCGCGAGUGGUGCAGGAGGGCAGCAUGUCAAUCGUACCGAAUCCGCCGUUCGACUGACGCACCUUCCCACCAACACUGUGGUAUCUAUGCAGGAAACGCGAUCGCAGAUCCAGAAUCGCGAGAAAGCUUGGCAAUUACUGCGAUCACGUAUCGCGCAGCAAAGGCGAGAAGUGCGCGAGGAAGAACUCGCCGUGCUGCGGCGUGGCGCUGGAGCAGGUAAAGUUGGGCGUGAGAACAAGGUACGCACGUACAACUGGGGUCAACAGCGAGUGAGCGAUCAUCGUAGCGGGCUAGAUGUACGCAAUCUGGAUGAUGUUAUGGAAGGUGGUGAAGCGCUUGAGCGAGUCAUGCAAAGUGUACGCGCUUGGAUGGCGGAGCAAGAAGUCCUUGGGCUGGUCGCUGAGGAGGAGAGUAUACAGGCACAGAAGAAGUGA